UGCGGAGCGGCACCGCACGCCGUCAUCAGGUACUAGACGCAGGAGCUGAGUAUCAGGAUGCGCUCUCUCAAUCCAUCCACUCAUUCAAUCCGGUACUAGCUAGCUAUGCUAAUUGUCUGUACCGCAUGCGUAAUUUACAGCGGUCAAACUAACUGGCCUUCUGAAGAAUUUGGACAGGAUUCACCAUAAGUAAAGCGAUAUUCUUUAUUUUUGAUAAGAGAGUUGAGCAGCCAGGUAGCUGUUUAGCCGCGGUUAGCUAUUUUAGACGGCUAGCUACCUAGCCUGUGGUUAACAUUCUGGUAUGGACGAAAAGGCGUUCGCCAAGGAGCUCGAUCAAUGGAUCGAGCAGCUCAACGAGUGCAAGCAGCUUUCGGAGAGCCAGGUCAAAACUCUCUGUGAAAAGGCAAAAGAGAUCCUAACGAAGGAAUCCAAUGUGCAGGAGGUGCGGUGUCCGGUCACAGUGUGCGGCGAUGUCCAUGGUCAGUUCCACGACCUCAUGGAGCUGUUCAGAAUUGGAGGGAAAUCUCCAGACACCAAUUACCUCUUCAUGGGCGACUACGUGGACAGGGGCUACUACUCCGUAGAGACGGUCACGCUGCUUGUGACUCUCAAGGUGAGGUACCGCGAGCGUAUCACGAUUCUGCGAGGGAACCACGAGAGCAGGCAGAUCACGCAGGUGUACGGCUUCUAUGAUGAGUGUUUGAGGAAAUACGGGAACGCCAACGUGUGGAAGUACUUCACAGACCUCUUUGACUAUCUCCCCCUCACUGCUUUGGUAGACAGUCAGAUAUUCUGCCUGCACGGAGGCCUGUCUCCAUCAAUAGACACGCUGGAUCACAUUCGAGCACUCGAUCGCUUGCAGGAGGUUCCACACGAGGGCCCCAUGUGCGACUUGCUGUGGUCAGAUCCGGACGACCGCGGGGGCUGGGGGAUCUCCCCCCGAGGGGCUGGGUAUACCUUUGGACAGGACAUCUCCGAAACGUUCAACCACGCCAAUGGCCUGACGCUGGUCUCCAGAGCUCACCAGCUGGUGAUGGAGGGAUACAACUGGUGCCAUGAUCGCAAUGUGGUCACGAUUUUCAGUGCGCCUAAUUACUGUUAUCGCUGUGGCAACCAGGCAGCUAUUAUGGAACUUGAUGACACCCUUAAGUACUCUUUCCUGCAGUUCGAUCCUGCACCCCGCCGAGGAGAGCCCCAUGUGACCAGACGCACCCCGGACUACUUCCUGUAGAGACCUCGCACCUGCACAGCACUGUAUCCGCAACCAGGGGAGAAGGGCAACGGUACAACACAGCGUUCAAGUGGUCAUUCAGAGCAUUCAGAAACUGUCUUUACAUGGACCAAAAGGUGUGCCAUAUUCAGGGGGAAUGUGAGGCCUCUCGUGCUUCCGGUGUUUCUCCUCUUCUCUGUGUCAGCGUUGGCCUGAGCUUCAGACAGGUACGUAGUGUAGGGUACUCAUCUCUCAGUCUUGAAAGGGUCACGCUAUUUCAGUUUGGACACCUGUGUAGUGAAUCAGACAUUUGUAGCACAGCCUGGGGGUGUUGCUUACCAAUGAUAUGAGGAAGUUUGAAGCAUGGUCCAAUGACCUGGACCUUAUUCUCUGACCACACUGUAUCAAAAACAAGUCUCUAAGAAUCUUCCAUUCACUGAAUCCUGUCUCACUGGCUUGCCUGGACUACUUUUUCACCUCAGAGGGAAGGGGCAAUCAAAAUAUUGUUCUGUAAAUUUGGUAUCUCGCAAUAGAUAUUUGGCAUGGUGGGUUUUGCUAGCAUUGGCUAGGUAGCUGCUUGUUAGCUUUAUGCUUAGCUACUGCCUUUAACUACCAUUGGUGAUAGCAGCUUUUACAGUACCUACUGUACUGUUUAGUUAGCCGUUUCAUUUUUCUGGCUAGUUUCUGUACUUUGAGUUCGUUCACUAACUAGUUAGAAUUAGCCAUUAUCUGUUGCUCUGACACUCCCAACACAGGCAAAUAUGUCACAUGGGCACAAAGACUAAAUUACAAUGUCUUUGUUAUUGGUUUUGGAACAUAUUCCUGAAAUUGUAAGAAAAUAAUUAAGUACUACACAUUUUGGCUAAUUAGCUUACUAUAUAGCUACGGCAAGUAGCUAGCCAGAUAAUAUUAUUGCGCUUACUGCAGUGUAUAUGGGCAAUAUGAAGUGAAUUAAAUACACUGUAAGCUGAUGUUAGCCAAGCACCACGACCACCAAACCAUCCUCCUACAGUAGCUGGAAACAUGGAACUAGCCAGUUAGCCUGGUUGCUCUAAAUAGAGACUGGGUUUCCAUAGCUAGCUAGCUAGUUGGCCAG